AUGUGGACAAAUUGGUCGUCUGAGAGAGUUGAUGCAAUGAUUGACAUCAUGAAUGGUGCUUUGUCCUCAGUGUUCCAAAUAAAUGAAAUAGACUACAUCGAUGUUUUAAAGAUGUGUGAUAUACUAUUCUCUCAGUUGUGUUUGAGAGUUCUGUCGGCAACUGCAUUGCCACAUGGAGACGCCUGGCGACCACUCCCUACUAGACACGCAGUGGAGAGCCCAAUUGCUCGAGUGGUUGCAUGCCCUCGAAACAUAAUUGGCAUGCUGGUCUUAAUCGAAAGCAAAAUAUAUAAUAUUAUAUAUAUAUAUAAGUUUAAGUUAUACUUAAGUUAUUUUUCUCCCCUAAAGCCUCCGGGGACUGACCCUGACGCCACGAACUCGUCUAGCGAUGAGGACGAUGAUUUCUUGGGCCGGCAACAUGUGAAGCGGUACGUCGAGGAGAUCAACAUCGAGUCCGAUUGCAAGAACAACGUUGUUUCGAAAACCCGGAAACGAUCUGCUGGAGAGGCCACGGCCACCCGGAGGCCACUGAAGGUGGCUCCGUCGAAUGGCAAGAAGUUCCGAAGAGUACGACAACGGCCAUGGGGAAAGUGGGCGGCCGAGAUUCGAGAUCCCACAAGACGUGUACGAUUGUGGCUGGGUACCUACGACACCGCUGAGGAGGCUGCCAUGGUUUACGAUAACGCAGCCAUUAAGCUUCGAGGUCCCGACGCUUUAACCAACUUUGUUACUCCACCCAAAGAAAAGCCCGAAAUUAAUGUUCCUUCGGUUUCGAGCUAUGAUUCGGGCGACGAGUCUCACUGUCACGGUCACGGUCUUUCUUCACCGACUUCUAUUCUUCAAUACAGAACUCCUUCCAGUGAAGAAAUGAACAGUUGGAUGUCAAAGUUUUCCAUCACGUUUGAGUCAGAAAGAGUGAAGUUGGAGACACUCAGGGAGCCAACUCUAAAAUGGGGAAAUUGA